AUUUUGGAAUAAAAUGGGACAAUCUUCAAGCCAACCAUUAAGAAGAUCUUCAUGCUGCUGAUUGAGAAGGAAUGAUCGUGAAAUUAUGGAGCAGAAUAUAGCACAAAUUCUGAAAAUACAGCAAGAAAAUGAAGUAAAGAUUGAAGAAGAGGCCCAAAGAGCCAAUAGAAUUAGCAAGAGGAGAUCUUUAGGAUCUAAUCCAGCUAUGUCCUCCAAGCUAUCCAACCAGGAAGAGAUAAAAGAUGAUGAAUCCCAGAAACCAAGGGAUGGACCCCAGGUAGAAGAAAUCCUUGAGGAAAAGAAUUUAGAUCAAAGAGCAUGGAAAGAAGUUGCUCUAAGAAAAAGAAUUACCUGUGAAGGACACCCUAGGAUUGAAGGCUUCUAAGGACCCCAGAGGACGCCUAAGGCUAUCUACUUUACAAUUCCACAUCUAAAAUCUCACCAUGAAUUAUACUAUCGCGUUCAGGGUGAUC